GAAGAUACGCCGACGACAGACGUCACGAUGAGCACCUUGACGAGCGCCGACAUGGGAGAAUUGAAGCGGCCAUCCACCCGCCUGCAUGCGCCCCCUGGUGGCGGCACGAGCUGGAGCUUUGGAGAUGAUUCCGGAACGUCGGACGCGCCCAAGGCAAAGGCCAAGGGCCGAGGCGGCAACAGCGGGUCGAACGUAACGAGCGACGCGUCUCCAUUUUCGCACUACCCUCCCCCUGCACCUACAUCCACCUCGUCAUCUUCGUCUGCGAAUCUCGCUGCUGCUCCUACUGCACCUACUACGACCACCACCGGGACCAAGUCGACGGCCUCCCACCGCAGCUUCAACGGCGCCGUGCGCAUUGCUGUGCUCAAGACAAAGGCCGACGAAACCGUCGUGGAUGACUUUGCGCUCAAUUUCACCAACGCAUUGGCAUCUAGCGUGGCCUACGACAUUGUGACCGUCCCGUCCAUUGAAGACCUGCCAUAUGCAGCCAACAAAUUGGCCGUCCACGGUGGGUUCGACGGUGUCGUCGUGUUCGGCCUGCUAAACCCGUCGGACGCACUCUUCCCUGUCCUGUCCACGAGCAUCUUGCCGGCGCUCGUCCAGAUCAGCAUUGCCGCCGUGAAACCGAUCGUCCGCGCCAUCUUUGUCGGCGAGCCGCGCGUGGCGUCUGUCAAGGCCAAGGGUGGAUACGGCGCCGAAUUUGCCGCGAGCAUCGAGGACCUAGUCCAGCUCGGCGGGUUUGUCCACCGCCCGACCUCCGCCGCAUCCGUCGCUUCCCGCGGAGCUUCCGCCCAAGGCACCCAUCAUGCCCAUCAUCAUGCCCAUGGCGCGUCCACCGCCGCCGCGGCGGUCGUUCAUUCAAACAACAACGUGUUCCCCGACGCCAUCAAAGCCGCGCCGCGCGCAGUCCAAGACACCCUGACGGCCCUACGAACGUCGUUGUAUGAACAUGGAGCUCGCGGGAUUGUCGGACUCGGGCGCAAGUUUCGCAUCAUGGACGACGACAACAGCCGGACGCUGGACCUGGCCGAGUUUUCCAAAGCCAUCCGCGAGCAUGGGCUGCCUCUGUCUUCUUCCGAGGUGGCCGACUUGUUUGCGUUCUUUGACGGCGAUCGCAGUGGCCACAUCAGCUACGACGAGUUCCUCACGGGGAUCCGCGGCGAUUUGAACGACCGGCGGCGGCAGUUGGUGCUGCUGGCGUUUGCAGUCGUCGACGCCGACGGCAACGGCAUCCUCGACCUGGACGACAUCAUCGCCAAAUAUAAUGCCGAUAAACACCCAGACGUGCUCAGUGGCAAGCGCACCAAGCACGAUGUGUUUCGUGAAUUCCUCGACACAUUUGACGGCGGCGAGAAGGAUGGCAAGGUGCACCCGACCGAGUUUGUGCGGUACUACGCCAACGUGAGCGCCUCCAUCGACGACGACGACUACUUUGAGCUCAUGAUCCGCAAUGCAUGGCACAUUUCCGGCGGCGACGGCUGGAGCGCCAACUCGACCUGCCGCCGCGUACUUGUGACCCUGGAAGACGGGUCCCAGCGAGUGCAAGAGGUCGAGAACGACCUUGGCGUACAUGGAAAUGUAGCAGCCAUCGCCGACGCACUCAAAGCGCAAGGUGUCCAAGUGUCGGCGGUCGAAGCGUCGGGGUAUGUUGACAACGUCAAGGCCAAACCAGGCAAGAAGCUGCAGCACGGUGCAGGGGAAAGCUCGAUUGUGUUUGGAUAGGAUGGAUGCACGAUACUAGAAGCAACUUGUCGUGGGGAGAUGGAAGGCCCUCGUACGAAUUAACAAUGCGGACGACUGACUGACGAGUGCUCGCUCGUUUAUAUCUAGACCAACGCUAGUGUUGUGUGAGAUACGGUACUAUUAUAAUAGGCGGAUAGGAUCGUCGCGAGGGGUGGUUGCAUUGUGU